AGUAACUCAAAAAAAAAAAGAAAAAAUAGAAAUUAAUUUUUUGGCCGGUUCGAUUACCACCACCGCCACCACCAUCACCACCGCGACAUCCUCCUUCAGCUUCAGAUCUGCUCUCUAUAAUCUUCGCCCCCACCUUCAACGAUCAGUCUCUCUUCAGGUGCGUCGGGUCAUGGAGGGAGCUGGAGGAGGAGGAGGCGGCGGCGGCGGUUUUGGGGACGGCGCCUCAUCGCCGCUGAACAAGUGGGCCCACGACCUGUGGAGGAUGUACCAGUUCUACCUCGACAAGUCCACUCCCCACGCGACCUACCGCUGGAUCGGAACCCUAGUCAUCGCGGCGAUGUACGUCCUCCGCGUCUGCUAUGUCCAGGGGUUCUACAUCAUCUCGUACGGCCUUGGAAUUUACUUGUUGAAUCUGCUGAUCGGGUUCCUGUCGCCGCUGGUGGAUCCGGAGAUCGAGGUCUCCGACGGGCCCCUGCUGCCAACUAAGGGAUCUGAUGAGUUCAAGCCGUUCAUUCGCCGGCUCCCGGAGUUCAAGUUCUGGCACUCGAUAACAAGGGCAUUUUGUAUAGCUUUCCUGAUGACCUUCUUCUCCAUCUUUGACGUUCCUGUGUUCUGGCCGAUAUUGCUUUUCUACUGGAUUGUCCUUUUUGUCCUCACAAUGAGGCGUCAGAUCUCGCACAUGAUCAAGUACAAAUACAUUCCCUUCAGUAUCGGGAAGCAGAAAUAUGGUGGCAAGAGGUCUUCUGCAAGUAGCAGUGGCCCUCGUGGGGAUUGAAGUCAGAUUUAUCGUUUAAGUCGGAUCAGAUAGGAGGAAUGGCGGUUACAAUGGAGAGACGAGUUGCCUUUAGGAAGGAAUUAUAUCAUAUUCAAUUUUUAAUUCCAGGGACAUGGAUUGAAGCUACUGCAGCUUUGAUUGAAAUGUUAUGUAGCUACCCAAAAAAAAAAAAAAAAGGUUCAGGUGUAUUUUGUACCAUGACCUUGCAGAGGAUUGCCCAAUGCUAUGCGGCAUUGAAACCUCGUCCUUACACAUAUUAUGCAGGUUUUCGAAGUUCCUUUUUGUUAACGGAGAGGGAUGGAUUUGCCUGCAAGCUAUUGAUGCCUCUGGAUUCUUUCAUUAUAUGUAGUCUUGGAAUGGAUCUGUUCCAAUAUGAAAUCAAAUGUUUAGUUGAUUGGUGAA